AUGGCUUCUUACACAUCAUCUCUUCGCCAUGCUCUCGUUGGCAUCGUGAUGGGGUGUGCAGGUCUGGCCAGUGCCCUGGAUACAUGCAGCGUGGAACGACAGACUGUUCACGAACAGAUUGUCUCGGUCAACACGGAGGUGCUGAGCAAUACGACGUUCUACCCCGUUCCGGAGGUCGCAGUCACCAUUACAAAUGCGCCCACCAGCCUCGACGGCAUUACCACGUUCCGAUGGACCGAAUCACCCAAGAUAACAUGGGGCCCGACGUUGACUUCACUCGCGUCAAUUCCGCAGAGCCUCGAGAGCCUGGCGACAGCCGCAAGUGACCUCGAAAAUACCUCAUUCAUUCUCAUGGUCCUGAGAUCCGACGGGCUUCAAAUCCGACAGCAGGGAGAUGUCUACAUGGGAGCUAAUGGGACGACCUCCAAUGACUGCACCGUAUCGCCAAUAUACGCUAUCACCAACGGCGUUCUCACCGCGACGAUGAACGGCGUCAGAUAUACCUACUCCACUGCUCCUGGCCUGCCGUAUGCCGUGUUCAACCCAUCUACGGUGCCAGGUGCGAUCACAACGUCCUUCGCACUGAGCGCCAAUGGAUAUCUCAUCUGGAGGAAUGCGAACUUCUUCAACGGGCAAGCUGGAUUCUGCGCGUUGCAGAACGGCACGGUAUACGCAAUUUUCCAACAGGAUGCCCGACCGGAUGGUUCUUUCAACGAUCACUGGACCUACGGGCUUGGAAGCACGGGGCCUCAGGAUAAGUACAUUCAAGUCUUACGAUCGAAGAAAGAAUAUGCUGACAUGGCCCACGCCCGACUGGCGCUGUUGGAAGCACGGGCCCACGCCCGACUGGCGCUGUUGGAAGCACGGGAUAAGUGCAUCACGGAUCCUGUCAACGAUGAAGGACUGACACAACGCACGUCCGACAGGAAUCGUGGGGCCUACAGAUACGUGCAAAGCCCCCUACACUCUGUCUACGAAGACUGA